UAGGUAGAGGCUGAGUGCACACUCACUGCUCCACACAUUAUUAAUGCCUCGCUGUACGGCGGCAGGUUGCUGAUCAGAUGCCGUUCAGCCACGAGAAAGGAUUUACACCACAAACGGAUUUGACAACAUUACCAUCCUCCAUCUCUUGCUUGAUCCUGUGUUUCCUGGGAACUCUGAUAUCUGCCUCUGCCUCCUCGGCUGUGUCUGUCUUAUUGCCUGGGAGUACUGCUUGUGCAUUUGGAUCCCUGCUCCCCAAAAGAUGCUAUAAAUCUGCAGAAUAUUCCGUCGAGGAAGGGAACAUAAUGCAUCACUUUUAAAGGAGAGAGCUCCUCUGUGAAGGGACCAGCUUUGUGGUAUAUAUAAAGCUGACUCAGCGAACCAAUACAAAAGCGUGAGUUUGAUCGAGAUCUUGAAGAAGGAAUUACAAAAAUAGAGACAGAGAGGACAGUAUGAGCCAGUGUUGAAUGGGAUAACUUUUACCAAACUCUGCAUUUAAACAAGUUACUAAUCUAUCUCCGCUAUGAUAUUGGAAAAUAACUAUAAUGGUGGUGUCAUCUGCAAAAGAGGGAUUUGAUAAUCUGACCAGAGAGAGUGCUGCUGCAUCGGCUGCUUUUCGGAGUCAACAUGCAGAUGAUUUCACUCCUCCCUUCCCUUCAUUCUCUUUUGCUCAGCACCUUUAUUGAUCAUUUUAGCAUUUUUACCUUUGUCUAGCUGCGAGCUGGAAUUCAUCUGGACGUAUUUGUUGACGAGACUGGAACUGGACUAACAGACUGGCCCUUGCUGGAUAUUGAGUUUUCUACCUCCGGAAUUCUAUUGGGUGUAUUUGGAUGUCUGAUUGUGAGUGUGUGAGUUAGUUUGUGGCAUUGUGUGGAUGUGAUUUAGGGAACGUCUGCCUUGCCGAGUUUCAACUAUUUCUGUCUUCUUGCUUGGAUUUUUAUUUCGUUUUUUUAAUGUCUGCCAUUCCUGGCCGGCAUUUUGCCUUGUGCUGCCCAUGUCUGCCGUGUGUCCGGCCUUGGGGUUAACCCUUAGUGUGCCACAGGGAAGAUGAGUGACAGCUCUGUGAACAACUCUGGGGCUAUGGUGUUGGAGGAGCCCGAGGGACGGGGUGGCUCUGGUGGACGUGAACAAGGCCAGGCCCCUGUGCGUGGUGGGGUAUUAAGGUGUGGGACCUGUGCCCUAUGGCCUCGCCAGCAGACCUGGCUCUGCGUGGUUCCACUUCUUAUCGGCUUCAUAGGCCUAGGGCUCAGUCUGAUGCUGCUCAAAUGGAUUGUAGUGGGUUCGGUGAGAGACUACGUGCCUACAGACUUGGUGGACGCCAAGGGAAUUGGCCAGGACCCCAUAUUUCUGUCCAAGCCUAGCACUUUUCCUAAGGGAUCUGACACCACUACCACCACCAUUACCCUUGGAGUAGUCAGCUCAAUCAGCCCCACUGUCACCACAGUGGUGCGGGGCAGAACUCGAACAGGAAGCCCCUCAAACAUACCCGCUAGAGGUGGCGGGGCAUCAGGCAACCAGGUGACACAAAAGAGCCCUACACGCUCUGUCACACACAAUCCCACCUUUACAACUACCGUGGCCUCCACCACCAUGUCUACUGUCCAAACAUCCACCUCAAACCCCUCUCCCUCCAACCCCACCGUUCUAAACGACUCCACCCAAAUGUGGACCAGAGAGCAGUCAUCCACUGAGAGGCACGUGACCACACCUGGACGAACCCAUGUCAGCCGAAAGACACCAUUGCCAACUCUACCGCCUUUGAAAUCUGAGCAUUUCAAGCCAUGUCAGGAGAAAGACCUGGCCUACUGCCUGAAUGACGGGGAGUGCUUUGUCAUCGAGACCCUGAGCGGCCCACAUAAACACUGCAGGUGUAAAGAGGGUUUCCAGGGUAUUCGCUGUCACCAGUUCCUGCCCAAGACUGACUCCAUUCUGUCUGACCCAAUGGAUCACUUGGGCAUUGAGUUCAUGGAGAGCAAGGAGGUGCACACAAGACAAGUGAUGUCUAUCACAUGUAUUGCCAUGGGGAUCAGCUUUCUAGGCACCCUCUGUAUGGCUCUCUACUGUCGGAACAAGAGGCGGAGAGAAAAGCUCCAGGCCCACUUGAAAGAGAGCCGCAGCCAGAAAAACUACAACCUCAACUCUUCCAGCCUGGCCCCCAAACCCAGCCUCAGGCUACAGCAAGGCCAGCAGCUCCAGAAAUAUUAUAAACCCACAAAGUCCUCCCCACCAUAUGGAGGCACUGUUCGAGAGUCCAGUUUCACGCAGAACACUGCUUCCUCUUCUUAUCCACAGGGCAAACAUCCCAGGAGCAGUUCUCUCUCUCACAAUCCAGAUCAAAGUUGUCAUCCUGCUCUUCGGUCUGCCUCCCGCAAAACUCCAACCAUAACCAGAGGAUGUCUCAAUGCCAUUGGAGGAUCACGAGAUUCUGGUCCCGCCUACCAGCACUUGCAGGAAUUAGACAGCUCAGAGAGGGAGUCAGUGAGAAGGAACAUCUUGGGCCCAGUUAAUGACCUACAUCAGGACUCCUUUUACAAUAUGCAAGCUUCACAAUCCUCUAAAUCAUGGAGUGACCACUUAGACCACAGGUCAGCUAGGAGCCUCAGAUCAGUCGCCCCUAGCCAAUGUCCUCCUGCUCCCUACCGACCCUGCUCUAUCCCCAUCAUUCCCUCUGUCCACUCCUACCAGAACGAGGUCUCCUGUAUGCAAACAUCCUCUUCUAAUGGAAGCAGCCACAGUUCAGCUUCCCUGGAAAGCACAGUGGAUGGUUCUGCUGUCAUUCAACAGUCUAACGCAACAAUGUCCAAUCGAGUGUCUGGUAGACGAGCAGAAGUGGCCUUUUUACUAGACAAGGUUCAGGAACAGCUCGGAGCCCUAGCACAUGCCCAGAGGAAACAAGAGGACGUCGGUGGCUCCAUUCCUCAGGGAGCCAAAGAGACUGUGUGCAUCCUUUUAGCAAAUGGGGACGAGCAAGGUCUAGUGGCCUCUGUUGGCCCCACAGAGACUCAAUUAGUGAGCCCGAGAGACACACACAAAUAUGCCACAAAGACUGGCCAAUGAGAGCGUUUGAGAUGGGUCAACCAGACUAACCACAAACAUCACUCAUGUUUCAGACAGCAGACUUCAGAUUGCUCUGCCAACCUGGGAUACAACUGAACCAUGCAAUGUUUGUGGACUUGCUGUGAGUAGAAGUAUGGGAGGGUGACAGUCUCAAACAUGUGAAAAGAUCAUUUAUUUAUAUGCAUUUAUUUAAGGAGAAACUUCUACUUAGAAAAAGAAACCAAAUAGUCUCUCAUCUCCAUGGUGUUUUUAACUGUAUAAAAUUUACAUAAAUAUAUAUAAAUGGAUAUAAAUAUAUGAAGUCAAAUUGCUGGCCAAGUAAAAAAGAGGAAUAUGGGAAUGAUCAGCUUUUUUAAAUGUAUGAGCUCCUCCCCAUCUUUAAAGACUCAAUGCUUGGUGGUUAAAAAAAUAUAUAUAUAAAAAAAAGGAAUUGUUUUUUCACUUGUUCCACUCCAUAUUUUCAUCCAAGCUGAGCUUGUCCAACACACAAUCUUGUGUUUUGCACCUGCAGCAUCUAAGUUUGCCAUCACCCAUCCAGUCACUGUCCUCUGCCCUGCCAAGGAAUAUGGCUUCAUCUGCCUUGAGAACAGUGCAAACGGAACAUGGAUUACAAUCAGACAAAACUUCUAUAGAUAAUCAUAUAGAGUCAUGAGGUAACUGAUAGUUAAGCACUGCCUCCAAGUAAUUGAUUGGAAGAAAUUGGUGUGUCUGUCAGUUUGUGGAGCAAUCUGCAUUGUUUUCUGUGCCUCAGUGUGCUCACUCCUCCUCAAUUAAUUUUGGUUCAGAUAAAAGCAAAGAUAAGCUAAGUGAACAGAGCACAUCAUACUGCACACCACCUGAGAUGCACAAAUGUAACAUUGCCUCUCUGAAUGGAGAGAGAUGAUUCCUGCACAGGAUAAGAGUGGGCAGGCUCAAACAACACGAGGAGCUUCUGUGUUUUUUUGUUUUUUUUCUAAUGGAAUGAACUGCUGCUUUAUGGAGAAGGAGAAGGUGGGUGAGAGCAGUGGUCACAAUGAGUCUGUAUGCUACCUUUGGAUUGGGAUAUACUAUUUCUGUGAUUUUUCUACCAAAUGUGGUUAGAAAGAAAAAUUAACUAUGAAUCGUUGGUGAAGCUGUUUCUUUGUUUCUUAUGUUUUUUUGUUUGUUUGUUUGUUUGUUUUUUCUGAUCCACAAUUCACACAAUUGUGCAUGUUGAUGGUAUUGUUUUGCAGAGUUAAGCCAUGAAGAUGAACAGUUAUUGGGUUUGGUAACAGUAUUUGAUAAAUAUCACAAUUGUAUUCAAAAGUCACAUGCCCUGAAUGAUUUACAUUGAGUAAAAGGCAUUAUAAUUGACAAGUCUGCUUAUUCCAGCCUAAACCUUGGUGUAACAACUUAAAAAAACAAAUGAAUGGUCUGCUAAGUUUAUAGAUCAGUCUAAAUAGGACUGUUUUGGUAUGGUCAAUGGCUGCAUUCAAUCCCGUUGAGUGGCUGUUCAUGCUUCUUUCUGAAUUCCUGUAUUUUUGUUUUAAUGUGCUGUUGUUUCUCUUUAAACACUUUUUAAGAGUGCCAGAUGUGGCUCUGUUUUAUAUCCUUCUUUGUUUUGAAUGCAUUUUGAAUUUAUCUAUCAUCAGAGAAGCUGUAUCCACCCUGCCAAGCCUAACCCAAGGCCAAGAUAAAACAAAACAUCUCCUGUUAAGAAAGCAAAGAAAAGGUUAGUGUGUGGCAAAAAGGGGCUAUAAGGGUAGACAGAUAAGAGUCUUGCAUGAUUUUAUAAGACCUUUCCGUGGCAGAGGCAAUGCCCCCAUCAGUGAAUAGCUACGUGGACAGCAUGUCUGUAAAGCUAUAUUAUAAAACACCACCACCAUCAUGUGAAAGGGUGCUGUGAUGCAUCAGAAAAACCUUACUGUAAAUGGUGAUCUGGGUAAUCUGGAUAUAUUUAGAUUUUAAAGAGCAACAUGCAGGUUGGACACCCCUAUAUAGCAUAGUGUAUGUUGAUGAUAAAACAACUAGAUUUUCUGAACUGGAGUAAUAUAUAUUUAGCCAUUAACGAUAUUUUGAGAUAAAUUGUGAUAAAAUAACUUCCGCGUCUAUAAAGCACUAACCGGAAGUGACGAUGGCCGAGGGAGUCUGGUCAAGUUCAAGCUCAGGUUACAAUGGAUCGAAUGAAGAAACCGAGUUCUCCGGUGUGGACGAACAUGCCUAUGAUAGCCCACAGGCCUAUAAUUAUGAGCCUCCUAGGUGAGAUAGAAGCCAGGGGGAGAUCAGGGGGAGGAACAAUGGGCAGAGGAGAGAAGUACGGCGGGAGAACAGUUUGAAUUGAAAUGCGGGGGAAACGGGAGAGUUGGGCUAGCUUCCUGCCAAUAGCUAUAGCAUUGUGCAAACUACUAAAUUCAUUUCAGAAAGCAGACAAUUACGUUACGACAACCUGUCCUAAAGCUCAGUCUCUCUCCCUCUCUCUGUAUUAUUAUACUAAAUAAAUAUUAAAUAUUUAAUAUUAUAAAAAAUAUAUUAUAUAAAUAUAUUAUACUAUUAUUAUUACGAAAUUACACAAAUUAAGAGUUAAAAUAAUUAAAAGUAAGACUUACUCUGCUAAGUGCUCGUUUUCGUUGCACAGAAUGUCUGCUAACGUUAGCACUUGGUCCUCCAGUCCCGCCCAUGCCAAAAUCCGGUGUAAACUUUGACGGUGGACUUGAUUCCAUCGAGUGCACCGAAGGAACAGCAUCAGUAAUCAGCCUCACGUGGUCCUUACUCCGAAAUCCCAUCCGAGACUCCAACAAAUCUCCAGGUCGAUAAUUCUCCGGAGUGAAAUGUGCGCCACAAACGACAGAGUGUGUGGUAACAGACGCGGCAGUGAAGUCUGCUCUCUUCACCUGCACAAAACGCACCCAAGACCGAAAAACCUUGUUUUUCCUAGAAGGAAAAUGAUGGACACGAUGUCCUGACAGGCUGGAAUUCGUGCAACCAGCACAAACACAAUAAUUUACCAUUAUGGCUUCUCUAAAACUCGAUCUAAAACUUUCUGUCUCUCACUACUGCUCUAACUACAUCAACACCCAACAAUGAGAGAGCUGACCGCGAGCUCUUUUAUUUGCCUCGCCCUACAUCAUAUGACGCGUUGCUAUAGCGUGAAAGGUGUAUUCCAGAGCCUAGCACAUUUUCAUCAAAAUCUCUACAUCAAAUGAGAUUUCAUUAGUAAUUUCUACAUAUGUGUUUUUAAAAGACCUCUGCAGACAAUAUAAAGUACUAAUUCAGUUAUAAAUUCAACCUGCAUGUUGCUCUUUAAGGGUGGAUUAUAAUACUUUAUUAAUGAUUUAAAAGGUUUGGGUUAGUCAUGGUGCAUCUAUGCAUAUGUUAAAAGAAAAGAGGUUUGGAUGUCCUUUAUAUUUUCAUCCUUACUUAAACAUUUGUCUAACACAUACAUAAGUGUUAGUUAAAGAGUCAGUUCACACAAAAAUGAAAAUGUUCUCAUCAUUUACUCACCCUCAUGCCAUCCAAGGUGUGUAUGACUUUCUUCAUCAAAACAUAUUUGAAGAAAAAUAGAAAAUUAUCUUAGCUCAGUAGAUCCUUAAAAUGCAAGUGGAGAACAAGACAGUCAGCAUAAAUGUUAUCCAUAUGACUCAAUUGGUUAAAUUAGUGUCUUCUAAAGUGAAACGAUUACGCGUGCUGUGAAAAAGAUAAAUAAUUAAGUACUUUUUAACUAUAAAUCAUUACUUCCGGUCAGCAGCAGUACGUGCGUGUGACGUAAUGACGUUGGCAUGUUCAUGCAAGAACAGACGCAUGUGCGACACACCCAGAAGAGCAGCGCUGUGUACAGCUGUGUAGGAGGAAUGCUGUACAGAUGAUCUGUUGGUUUUGUUUAGACCUGUGUCUGUAUCUGUUUGUUUACUCACAAUGAGGCAUUUCUUUGCACUUAUCCUUGAUGUCUCAACCGAAAGAAAAACGUCUAUUUGCAUUUUGAGGACCUAAUGAGCCAAGAUAUUUUUUUAUUUUUCUUCAAAUGUGUUCUGCUGAAGAAAGAAAGUCAUACACUCCUGGGAUGGCAUGAGGAUGAGUAAAUGAUGAACGUAUUUUCAUUUUUGGGUGAACUAUCCCUUUAAGUCACAAAAAUAGUGAUGUAAAGUGUUUAAAACUUUACAUAUGCAAAAAAGAUGAAGCCACAUUUCUAAUUGAUCUAUAAAAUAGCAGACUCAUUCAUAUCCAGGUAGCAGCAAAUAAACUGUUCUUUAUCUGUUACAGCUGAAGAAUGUUCAUUUUAAAUUGAAAUGAUGUGGGGAUAGUGUUUCAUUUGAACUGGACCAUAUUUUGGACACUGGUGCUUAAGUAUAUUGGAAAUAUAUUUUUGCACAGUAAUCACAAUUUAUGGGAUUUUAUGCUGUCAUGCUGACUUAUUACAGACAGUAAGGUACAGCAUUUGUGACAACUUGAAACAAAUACUGAAGACAAUACACUGAAGGGAUAUCUUUGCAAGACCUGUCUUGACAGUAUGCACACACUGAAAUUGUCAAAAAACACAAAGUGCAAGUGAAUCUUCAUAGAUCUGUAUAACAGCCCCUUGACAUGUACUUCAAUAUGCAAUUUCAAAAUCGAGAAAUGAAAUUUCUGUUCAUUCUUGUGAGAAACUGCAUUAUU